GCCCUCACUGAGUCAGGAGAAAGAGUAUAAAACCAUGGUUAUCUUUUUAGUCCAUCCCCUUAAAUCUCCUUCUCUCGACUUUUUAAUACGAGCUGCAACUCUUUUCAGCUCACCUGCCAGACUGUUGUAGCUCUCUCGCUUUCAUUCUUUCACACACACGCACUUUUCCAGCAGAUUUUGGUGUCUCUCUCUGGCACCACAGACCUCAUACCAAUUUGCCUUUCACUGCUCAUCAUUCCAGCAUACGGGGAGAACUUGGCACAGGCAGCCCGGAACAUUCUGCUGGGUGCCACAGCCAUCAUGCUUCUCAUCAUGUUGGUGGUACUCAUUCCAGUCUUGGUGAACUCCGUGGGUGGCAACGAGGACAGAAGCCGUUUCGAGAUGCUGGGUACUUGCCGCAUGGUCUGCGACCCGUACGAGGACAAGCCAGGCACGGUGGCGACGGGAAUCGGUUCGACGGCAGACACAGAUGCAAGCGUGACGCACGUCCAAGCUGAGGCGGAGCCGCUGAGCGACCACAGCGUGAGCCCGAUGCUGCCAACGUAUGUCCACGGCAGGCAGGGAAAACCUGGAAAACCAGGACCUCCUGGACCACCAGGGCCACCCGGAGAGCCCGGUCCUCCUGGUCCGAUGGGGCCACCUGGAGAAAAAAGCACGACGGCACUUGCUGGCAUUGGCAGCUUCAAUACAGCUCCACAUGUGGCUUUCUAUGCUGGACUCCGAAAUCCGCAGGAGGGCUACGAGGUCCUGAGGUUUGACGAUGUUGUCACAAACAUCGGCAACAACUAUAACGGUGCGACUGGAAAGUUUCUGUGCAAGGUGCCCGGGACUUACUUCUUUACUUACCAUGUACUGAUGAGAGGUGGUGAUGGAACCAGCAUGUGGGCGGAUCUUGUGAAAAAUGGACAGGUGAGGGCAAGUGCUAUAGCCCAGGACCAGGAUCAGAGCUAUGAUUACGCCUCAAACACGGUGAUCCUCCACCUGGACCCUGGAGACGAGAUCUUCAUCAAGCUGGAUGGGGGCAAAGCCCACGGUGGAAACAGCAACAAAUACAGCACCUUCGCUGGCUUCAUUCUUUACUCUGAUUAGCAGAGCUUCAUGAUUUCUCAAUGGGGAGUUAAAGGGGGUGGGGCAACUUUAACUUUAACUCAACUUUAACUCACUUGUUUCACUUGAUACAUAGAGUGUUUUGCAUAAGUAUUCACCCUCUCCCCUCCCAUCCUUGUUAUGGUUGGAAUAUAAUUUUCUAGCCUGGUUCACAUCUCUAGAUUUGACGAGCCUGCAUCCACUCCAAUUCACAUUCCUGUUUCUGUGUGUUCGGAAGUUGUCCUGUACAUUAUGAGACGCUUUUCUUCUUACCACAGUUGUAUAGAGUAGUUAUCGAAAAUCAUAUCCUUCCUGUCAGCUUGAACCACCCUGGCUGUUUGUUGUUGUGAAGAGUGAUUAAUUGAGGUAUUAUAGUGUUUCUGUCUGCUCAAGUUUGUCUCAGCAUUCACCCCAGGUCUCUUUAACAAAGAUUGGGUGACUAAUACAGGGUUUUCACGCCAAAAAAUUGGACACUUAGGCAGUCAAAACAUUCUUUUUGUAAAUACGUUUGACCCCCACUUCAGCAUUAAAAGGGAAAAGGGGCUUGUCACAUGUACUUUAAUGAAGCCAGGGUUGUAGUGCAGGGUCAGCAAUGAUACAGCGCCCCUGGAGCACAGAGGGUUUAGGUUUUGUUCAAGGGCCAAAAGUGGCAGCUUGGCGAUACUGGGGCUUAAAGAAAACCCCCGACCUUCCGAUCAGUAACCCAGAACCUUAACCACUAACUAUCACUUCCCCCAAUUAUGAGUUGUUUUUGAUUAGUGAACUGGACAGAAGUACAUUUUAGUUCCAGGUUCCUCAAAACGAGGAGUAGUUAUAUAAAGCACUAGUUCUAAUCAUAAUAUUUAGGGAAGAAAAGGGUACAUUUGGCAAACCAUAAGAAGGACCUAAUAACCAAGUAGCCAUUUUGUCAAGACGAAGCGGAUGUACGAGUCUCAUGUCACUUGUUCUCGAAUUCGUCAUGUCGUCUCGUGUGUAAUCACUACUCUUAGUGUUAUCCAAAAUCGGAAACUUUGGCAAGUGGAACAAAAACAAAGCACUCAACAAACCAGUGUGUGAAUUCAUAUCAGUGCAGAAUCUGUGUAUGAGGAAAAAAUGUUAGCGCUUUGACGAGACGGAUUAAAAUUCCAAUCAGAACUCGGCUCGGAGAUAUCAACACGCUGACCUUGCGUGUCUUGCGGUGUCGUCGGCAUUAAUUACGGCUGGAUAAUUGCGUGCAGAAGCUUUCCAUCUGAUAAAAAGCAAAGAGAGAAAGAUGUCUCGAUGUGGAAGUCCCUGAUUGGGGUUUUGAGGGGCCCGGAGGGCUCAUUGUAUGUACCUGUGUCUAACGUGACUUUACUUUUGCUAAUAAAGCGAGAUUUUCUAGCACAACACGA